CUUUGUAUCCCACAAAUCAGUGUCGCCUUGCAGAUCGUAGUGGUGGUGUUUCUGCAGGAGACCCCAGACCACAGGUGCAGUCUUCCGGCAUUGGUGAAUGAUACUUACCUCGUACAAAACUCAUGGCACGAGGAUCUGGUGAACCUUACUAUCCCAAUCAAUGACAAAGAUGGCGGCUACGACAAAUGUAGCUACUACCGGCAAACCGACUACGGGAACAAAACGUUAGCUGAAUGCGACACUUGGGUGUAUGACACAUCGGUCUUCUCGAAGACAUUCCCAAUGGACUUGGUGUGCAAGAACUCAUUCAAGGUCCGUAGUAUCCAAGUCAUCUUUUUGAGUGCUGUUCUCGUAGGAUCUAUAAUUGGAGGAAUUUUAGCUGACUACUGUGGUCGUAAGCCUGUACUUCUCGUAUCCUGUCUUCUCCAUGCAGGAGCAGGAGUGGGUGCUGCUUUCUCUCCAAAUUAUACUGCUUUUGCCGUCUUCAGGUUUUUGGUUGGAUUGGCCAGUCCCAACAUAUUCGCAUCGGCGCUGGUGCUCGCCUUGGAACUUGUGGGUCCAAGUAAACGUAUGGUGGCAGGUUUAGCUCCAGAAUUUGCCUUCUGUACAGGCUUGGUACUUCUGACACCUCUUGCUUACGGCAUACGGGACUGGCGAUAUCUUCAACUCGCUGUAUCUGUCCCUUCCUUCCUGUAUAUUUUUUUAUGGUGGCUCAUCCCAGAAUCUCCUCGUUGGUUACUAACAAGAGGUCACACAGAGAGGGCAGAGAAAAUCUUACGCUGGGCCGCCAAGGUGAACAAGAAAACCCUUCCUGCCACGAUUUUUGACGAGAAAACACUUGAGAAAACGGAAUAUGUGAGCCCGCUGGAGAUGCGCAAGACUCCAAGGCUCCUUCUACGGACUUUGCUUGGAAUGUUUGUUUUUUUUGUCAUAACUUUGGUAUACUACGGUCUCAUCCUAAAUCCAGGAACACUGGCCGGGGAUCUCUUUGUGAAUUAUUUCCUCACAGCCUUUACUGAAUACCCGGCUUACUGCAUUUGUUUCGUCAUCAAUAAAUUGGGAAGAAGAUGGCCGCAUGCUAUUAGCAUGAUGGUCGCCGGAGUUGCUAUGAUCUCCACUAUAUUUGUCGAGCUCUAUGCUAAAAAAGGGUUACUGUCAACAGACGUUGCUCAAACCUCUCUCUUUAUGGUUGGCAGAACUGGAAUCACCGUAGCGUUCGGUAUUUUCUAUAUGUGGUGUGGGGAAUUUUCCCCGACGCCCCUCAGAAAUUUUGUGGUAGGCAUAUGCAACGUGAGUGGUCGGAUGGGGGCCGUGUUUGCACCGCUGAUAAUGGAAGAAUUUGGAAGAAACGCACAACUUGGGAACACUAUACCAUGGACAAUAUUUGGCGUAUUGGCAUUGGUUGCUGGAGUAAGCUCCCUAUUUCUGCCAGAGACUCGCAACAAGCAACUCCCAGAGACAUUAAUAGAUGCUAAUGUUUUUGGUGUGAAACCAACCCCGCUGGAGAUGCGCAAGACUCCAAGGCUCCUUCUACGGACUUUGCUUGGAAUGUUUGUUUUUUUUGUCAUAACUUUGGUAUACUACGGUCUCAUCCUAAAUCCAGGAACACUGGCCGGGGAUCUCUUUGUGAAUUAUUUCCUCACAGCCUUUACUGAAUACCCGGCUUACUGCAUUUGUUUCGUCAUCAAUAAAUUGGGAAGAAGAUGGCCGCAUGCUAUUAGCAUGAUGGUCGCCGGAGUUGCUAUGAUCUCCACUAUAUUUGUCGAGCUCUAUGCUAAAAAAGGGUUACUGUCAACAGACGUUGCUCAAACCUCUCUCUUUAUGGUUGGCAGAACUGGAAUCACCGUAGCGUUCGGUAUUUUCUAUAUGUGGUGUGGGGAAUUUUCCCCGACGCCCCUCAGAAAUUUUGUGGUAGGCAUAUGCAACGUGAGUGGUCGGAUGGGGGCCGUGUUUGCACCGCUGAUAGUGGAAGAAUUUGGAAGAAACGCACAACUUGGGAACACUAUACCAUGGACAAUAUUUGGCGUAUUGGCAUUGGUUGCUGGAGUAAGCUCCCUAUUUCUGCCAGAGACUCGCAACAAGCAACUCCCAGAGACAUUAAUGGAUGCUAAUGUUUUUGGUGUGAAACCAACCAGGGGGUCCGGUUUAUCAGAUCCAGCACAUGCCAUAACCCUCAUACCAAAGCAGUCGCCGAAGGACCCCAAAAAUGACACGUUACUACAAGACAAGUCCAGCUCUUUAGGCAUCCUAAGAAAAACAGUCAUGAAGUUUGAUGAGAUCCUCGAGCACAUCGGAGGGUUUGGAAGGUGUCAGGCAAGGUUGCUGAUUCUCCUUUGCAUUCCUCCGAUAAACGUGGCGUUACAGAUGUUAGUCAUCGUCUUCCUACAACAAACCCCUGACCACAGAUGCCGUCUUCCAAAUUUGUCCAAUGACACUUAUGAAUUACAAGGUCUGUGGCACGAACAUAUGAUCAAUGACACAAUUCCAGUGAAUGGAAAAGACGGAGGGUGCGACUCCUGCAGUUACUUUGAAACUACUGGGAUCUCAGGGAACAAAACAAUGGUAGAAUGCGACGACUGGGUUUUUGAUACGUCUGUGUAUUCACGGACAUUUCCAAUGGACUUCCAGUUGUUGUGUGCCGACAAACCCAAAGUGCGUUUAGGUCAGGUAGUAUUUCUGAGCGGGGUGGCUGUAGGCUCUAUAAUAGGAGGAUUAUUGGCAGACUUCUUGGGUCGAAAGCCGGUGUUUAUCUUAGCGUGUCUGCUCAAUGGGUGUGCAGGGGUGGCUGCGGCGUUCUCCCCAAACUUCGAGGCUUUUGCCUUGUUCCGAUCUCUGGUUGGAUUCUCUAACACGAUCAUUUUUAACACUGGACUUCUCUUGACACUGGAGCUUGUCGAACCAUCUAAACGAAUGUUAGCAGGAAUGUUACCAGAAGUAACUUUUGCAUUGGGACUAACCUUGCUGACUCCUUUGGCCUAUGGUAUACGGGAUUGGAGGUACCUUCAGCUGGCCGUAUCGGUCCCAUCUUUUCUUUACAUAUUUUACUGGUGGUUUAUUCCCGAGUCUCCUCGGUGGCUUCUAUCCAGAGGUCACACCAAAAGAGCCCAAAAAAUUCUACAGUGGGUCGCCAAGUUAAACAAAACAUCUCUCCCAGCGGCCUUGAUAAGUAAGACGAGUCUGGAAGACUCACGUCACAUCAGCCCACUUGAACUUCGCAAGGCUCCAAGACUUCUUUUACGUACCGUCAUUGCGGUUUUUAUCUGGAUCGUUAUUGCCUUGGCGUAUUACGGUCUCACUUUCAAUCCGGGCAACUUGGCUGGUGACCUAUAUAUCAAUUCCUUAAUUAUGGCUCUCACAGAGUUCCCUGCGUACUUCAUGUGUUUCGUCAUCAACAAACUAGGAAGAAGAUGGCCGCAUGCAAUAAGUGCGAUAGUCGCUGGCCUUGCUAUGAUUUGCACACUCUUUCUCGAACUGUACGCCGCACCAGAGAGCAGUUAUAAGAACGCUAUCCAAGUGACUCUGUUCAUGGUUGGCAAGACCGGAGUUUCGGCCUCAUUCGCUAUUAUUAUUAUGUGGGUUGGAGAAUUCUACCCGACUCCACUAAGAAACUUCGGAAUGGGGAUUUGCACCAUGUUCGGCCGCUUAGGGGCCAUGUGUGCACCUAUAAUAGUGGUAGUUGUUAGUAUCCCUCUUUGA